CUGCGCCCACCGCUGCUGGUGCGUCGAACUAAAUCGCAAAAUUUGUAAUUGUAAGGGUAUCCGUGUUUUGAAGAAAACAAAUACUUAUUUUGCGUGGAAGCUUCACCAGAAAGAAAGUGAAAAGCUCAAGAUCACAAGGCAUCAAUCUGAUAUAGAUGGAUGAGAAAUAUGUCGACCUUCGUUGUUGUUCUGUGCAAGGCCUUCUAGGCUUCCCUCCGAUAUGCUGCUUUGUCUCCUGCUGACGAGCUGCCUGGCGGUGAUGGUUUUCUUGGUUAACUCGGAACUUCCGUCGGUGCCGCUUGCAUUUCGUCUAUCCUGGUGUACUGGUCUUCCUCUUCGCUUUUCUUCGCGUAGCAUGAUGGUACCAUAUGCGCUGGCAACUCUCUCUGAGGUGCUUUGCCUUGGUAGCUAUGCAACAGACAAGCGCUUCCGGCGGCGUGAGGCUCUCGGGAACAAUAGCCCAGUCGAUGAAGGUCAAGCAUUGACGUGUAAGCUGAAUGCGGACUGAGUGAAUCUCCACGGUUUCCUUGCUAGAUCUUUGCUUUUCUUCGUUUCUUGCUGUAUCAUCUGUUUCUCUCGUCUCUCGUCGGCGGACUCGCUUUCAAUUUUGACUGAUCUCUCUCGCUCUGUUAACUUGUCCGAGCACUAUUUACUGACCUAGCGUCUUAUUUUAUGAUUGACUUCGCGUCUAAUCACUAGGUGACUUCGCGUCCCCCCUAUUAUCGACUUCGCGUCUCCUAUUCCCUUCGCCUGUUAUUUGUGAUUUCUUAAAAAUCUAGAGAUCCUCAUCUUGCACUAGAGCACUGGCGCCGUCUCGGGUAUAUGCCGGGCCGGCGCAUCGUCCGUGAAAUGUAAGACUUCUCUGCGCCCACCCUAGCUGGUGCGCUGGCCCUCUGGCCGAAGACUUUGAAAAAAAAAAAAGUAAGACACUCGUCAUGAACAGGUGACACCGAAGAAGCUUCCUUUGGAAGGUUUUUGGUUAUUGCAUUAGUUUUCUGACAGUUCUAGGUAUUGGAUAUGCCUCUGCCUGCCUAUGCGCAGUAUACGCCGUACUUAUUUUUUAAACAGAUGUAGAUGCAGAAAUCUCUAGGAAUCAAAAGGAUGUGUAGUGAGUAGCCCGACGACCAUGAGAAUUGGAAGUCGGGAGAGGUGCCGAGCUGCGAGUAAGUACACUUUGGGUUCUUGAGCUCGACGCAAUGGAAGGUCUUAUGGGCGUCCCCCAUUCCCAUUGGCAUCAUGACCAUGAGUAGUUCCCGCUUGGCGUGACAGGAGACAACGUGGUGGAUGUAUCGUCCUUUAACAUCGAUUGACCGAACUUGGGUGGGACAUGGAUACUGUGUCACUUGUGGUCAAGGUAAGCUUGUCUUCUUUUCACGAACUGAAAAAAACCUGUUGUGGAUACAAGAGAAAGCGAUCGAAGCGUCGAUGUGAAUUAUGGAAGCCGAACCAGGGAAAUGGACGGCCACGUCGUCUGGUGCGCCGAACGGGGUGUCGACAUCGUUGACCCCGUACGAAGAUAGCGUGCUGGAAUUAUGGUUGGAAAAUCCUUCUCCUUGCGUUUUCCUCAGCAAAGUAACAGAGCCGAAAUCUUGGCGCUCUGGCGUUCGCAGCUGGAAGGAAUUGAUUCACUUACAUGUUAAUAUGGGAUAUUGUAGACCCGCUCGUGUAUGAUCUUCUACGUCGUUUAGUGAUAGUAUUCAUUGAUGUUGCUUUCAGAGUUAUUCGCGCAGGUGCAAGUACUGCAGCUGAUCGAGCUGUUCCAGCAGGAUGACGAGUUACUGCAACGAUUGAUGCAAUCCGGGGAAGAGAUAUUGGCAGAUUUUCGUCGUAAUGGUGAUGGCACAAACGGACAAGUUGGGAGGAAUGCUGAGACUGCUGGAGAUACAGAGCAUCAGAAUGUCCUGUCGACUGCCAGCAAUGGGGCAGAAGCACCAGCAUCACCGACAGUCGGUAUCGUCGCACCCGAGAGCACGCCAGCUGAUCAUGGUCCUGAAUUUUCUCGACUCGCUGCAGAUACUCCAAGUGCCGGCACACCUGGAGGCGGCACCUCGGCAGCUUCGCCUUCGACUAAGGCUCACCUACAAAUGCGGUAACUCGUAUCAAGUUCUUUUGGUGGAAAAAGUUUGAGCUUUGUCUUUCAACUUCAUAAGAGGUGAAACACAGCAUGAGGUUCUACUUUUACUAUGAAAUAAUAUACAAAGAAGAUGGGGCAGCUACUUCGUUUGGACUUCUAACUUGAAGGGUCCUGCGUCUGGCGGGAGAGGGCAGAGCAGCUCUAGCGCGAUUGUGCCGGGGGUCGGCUCUUCUUCGUCUCUUAGUAAUAGUAGCUCAACUACUAAGGACGCACUGCCAGAUACAGCGCGUCAGGCUCUGCAGGUACCUGCCGUUGUUCCCCGCGGACUUUCGUCACGGAGUAAUAGUCGCACGAACAACAUUACACCGGCAAUAGGAGGUGUCGCGGAUACAACGCCAAGAAUGGUCAGCAACCAAAUGCUGAAUAUGCUUCCAGGUGCGGACGACAGGCGGCAGAGCAGGAGUUUUUUUCUGAACGCCGACGGGCACGUUGCGGAAGCGGACCCGACGGUAGACGCCCCCGCGAUAGGUGGUCCCGGUUCUGCGCCUAACGCUGUCGGCGGAGUGCCAUCCGUUCUUAGUAUUUCGGGCGAGCAUGCUGGUUUAGGAGGUCCACAAGCCGGAAAUGGCGCAGCCUCGUCGAGCACCAAAAUUGGAGGUGGCGGAAGUGCAUCAGCUACGCCGAGUGUUUUUGCCACGAAGGGCGAAGCAGGUGGAAAGCUAGGUCGAAUCGUUUUGGAUCCUCUGACGACGUACACGCCGCAGCCCCGGGUCUCAAAAAGUAAAUUCAAAGACGGACAAGUAGACAGCUUUUUGUCGCACGAGCCCGGAAGCGCAGGCAGUAUAGAUUCGAAUAGCGGAGCGCGAAGGACACAGAGUUCCAGCUCGGGCUCUGCCGAUGGUAGUCUGGAGGCACUGACCGCGCCGUCAAGUGAUACAACUGAAGCGAACGGUGGUAUAAUGCAAGCGAUCACUGUCUUGCCUGCGACAGCUAAUUAUACAGAAACAGCUGUAGUAGAAAAGGCGGGGAACCCCAACUUAUCCAGUAAGGACGUGCCAGAACCUACUUCUUCAGAAACACUUGGGACCGAACGCGAACGCGUUUUCAGUGGCCUUUCAGGCGUAAGCAGCACAGUGGCGUUUUCGGCUGCCAGAAGUAGGGGUGUCAUCGCUUCUCCAGGAGGGCCUGGUAGCGUCGCAGAGCGGCUCCUCGGGCGUGCAAGUGGGUCAGGCAGCGACCAUACCAGAAUAAACGGUUUUCAACCGUGUAGUGGAAUGAGCCGUCUCGCGAGCCUUCCUGAGCCAGGCGACCAAGGACAGGCUGGUACCUAUUGUUUCAGCGGCCAUUAGUUUCGGAGUACUCCAGGGACGGCUUAGUUUCUUAUCCACCGAACAUAUAAUGCUACAAUGACAUGACUUAUUACCAGAGCUCUCAGUUCAGCUACGGCUGAUUUCCAAAAAGCAAGCAAAGAGUUUCUCAGCGUUCUUGCUCACAAAUAAGCACCAAAAGAAACACAUUGAUUGUAUUUGCCACAACUGCAAGGAUUCGGGACCAACGGAGAGGCUGCUGAAGGCCACCACAUCUGGCGCGGGUACUUGCUUUAUGCACUUUGGUGUGUAUCGCGUGAUGACCUAAGAGCGGUACAAAAGAUUCUGCGCGCCAGAUUCCUUUCCAUCGAGGACGUAGCUCUUCUGUUAGAGGCAGCCUCCCGGUACGAGUCCACUGCUUGUCUCGCACAGUUUACCGAACUUUUCGCUUCCGGCGAUUCGGAGCACAGAAGCUUACGACGAGUUCGCAUUAUCAAUGUGCGUUCAAUGACCACAGUAUUCAAAAGCUCUCGUUAGUGAUCAGGAAUAUAUUUUGAUGUUGACCCAUCUUCAUGGUAGGUGGAAUUCAUAAACACCUAGAAAAAUACACCAUCCCCAUUGAGCUAUCUGAUGGUGUCACGACUAGCUUCGUCUAAAGUACACCUUGGUACGAUCGCGCAAGAACCCGAUCCCGCAGCCGGUUCCGAUGAAUUUAGACCCCAAUAGCACGUGGGAGGGCGAGUUGUACCAUGAUCGCUUCGUGGUGAUUAUGGUGGGCUUGCCAGCGCGCGGAAAGACGUACCUCAGUCGACGUUUAGCGCGGUACCUAGAUUUCUUCCACGGCGUGACGACCAAGAUUUUCAAUGUCGGUGAGUAUCGACGAAAAAUGUGCGGACGACACUUAGAUCCCAGCUUUUUCAACCCUCAGAGGCCCGAAAACGUCGCUGCGAGGCAUGCAGCUUGCGAAAAGGCAAUGUUGGACCUCAUCCACUGGAUGUGCCAGGACUCAGGGAAACGAGUCGCGUUCUUCGACGCCACAAACUCGACGCCGGAAAGGCGGGAGUGGGUACCUUCUACUGCCUUUUUGUACUACAUAAGCACUAGUCGUGUUUCUACUAGAAUCUGGAAAAUUCCGAUUAUCUUCCUGCUGACUCUUAUCUCGCACAUUAGGUAUCUGCUCUUGUUGUUGUUCCGGGAAAUCGUGCCUACACCUACUUAAUAAUUAGUAGGAGCGCCUUUGCCUUAUCUUUAUGACUUAAACUUUCUCUCGAAAACUAAAACUUCUGAUUGCAUGAUAAUAUGCGAAGGUGAUGAGCCAAGUUCGGCGGCAUAUUGUCGCAGUGAAGGUGAUGUUUUUGGAGAGUGUGGUCACGGACGACAGCAUCGUCGAACGGAACAUCAAGGCCGUAAAGCUGAAAUGUCCGGAUUUCCAGGAGGUCUCUGCUCAGACGGCGCACAAGGAGUUCCGCGAAAGGAUAGAGUUCUACGAGGAAGUAUACACCACGUUGGACGAGAGUAACAAACUGCCAGAAGGCAACGAGAUGUGGGUGAAAGUGCUGAAUCUGUCCAGGCACAUUGUGAACAACAUUAAGGGUUAUAUCCCAACGAAAAUGGUGCAGUUUCUCAUGCACCUGAAUGUAGACCAAGUGCAGGGUCGAGUUUUCUACCUCUCGAGACACGGGCAAAGCGAAUACAACGAACUACAGAAAAUCGGAGGAGAUUCGGGACUCACUGAGCUUGGCGUUAUGGAUUAUUUCGCAUCAUUGAGUCAUUCAACCGACUACAGCAAUUUGUCAACUGAUCAUGUUAAAGACCACCAUCAAAAUCUCUUCUUCUAAUUCCAACGAGUAUGCGAAGGCGCUGGGUGAAUUUGCGACCUCCUAUAUUGCAAAGGACAAGGAUGGCCGCGACGUCCCUGCGCGAUUGUGGACGUCGACACUGCGACGUACACGAGAUACUGCCGGUUACAUCCCGCAAGAUCUAAAAGUGAAAAACGCCAAGACCGGCGCCUCUGUGUGGGAGCAGUUCAAGAAAAAAGAGUGGCGGAAUCUCGACGAAAUCUAUGCGGGACUCUACGAUGGGAUGACGUAUCGCGAGAUCGAAGAACAAUUUCCAGAUGAAUUCAGAGAACGACAAAGGUAAGUACACAAUUUAGGAGAACUUUAUUUAACUGCACACGCACACACAAGUUUUUGUUCUUCUUGUGCUGAUGAUUUUUGGUCGAGGUAGAAACUAGUGCUAUUCCUAUUAGAGCUAGGUAGUAGAGGGUAUAACUUUGAAUCGGAAAGCAAUAUUAUAUAAAUAUAAUUAUCCCUGAUAAAACAACUUGCAGGAACAAGCUUGGGUACCGCUAUCCACGCGGAGAAUCGUAUCUGGAUGUGAUUGGGCGGGUGGAAGCUUGCAUCUUAGAUAUGGAAAGAUGUCGGGAAAGGCUACUGGUGAUCGGCCAUCAGGGGGUCUUGCGGAUUCUCUAUGCCUACUGGAAGGGACUCUCUCGGGAAGAAGCGCCAGGUGUUAGCAUACCGCUCAACACAGUUGUCCAGUUGAUUCCGAGUACAUAUGGUUGCGAUGAGGACCGAUAUAGGUUAUGAAGGGGAACUUAGUUGUCCGUGAAAAAAUCGCCUAUCAAUUGAACACUUGUAGUUCUUAGCUGUUCUUUUACUAGCCUUGGUCGAUGUCGUCGAUACUUACGAUCGCGUGUUUCAAAGUAGAAUCCCUAUACUUUUCGUAGAUGAAGAAUGUUACAUAUUGGGAAGUCGAAGUUCGAGUUUUUACUCCACCUUCAUUCUUCUUGCUCACGUGCGUGAGCCGACCAGUUGUCGUGGACGAAUCGCACCAAUUGAGCCGCGGCGCAGCUGAGAGUCAAAACGACGGCGAGAACCAGAACGAGGCAGCUGGCGAGGUGGCGCCAAUUACUGAAACAGCGGCUGUGGAGGCCGCGACACCAGAGGGCCCCAAAGGCGGCUCUCUCGCCUCGUUCAGAGGAAUUAACAGCGAUGAGCCGGCGGCCCUUCCGAAGCAGAAUUCGUCAGGUGACUUAAUCCAAUCCAAAACGUCUGGUGGAAGUAGGCGCUAUUACGAGUACGUUGUCGUUCGCGUACAGCACGGAGCUGACUCGGGGACUCCCAUUUUAAGGCGCGGAAAGACACAGAAAAAAGUAAUGGUCCGUCCAUUGUGAUGUCCAUCGCCCCCUGGGAUGAUAUGGACCAAACAGUCAAAAUUUUAGACCUCGGGCUCAACAGUCAAAAUGCGAGAAAUCUAGCUCUAACUACCGCGGCCGGGGGAGCCGGCGAAGCGGCGAAGCCGGGUGCCGGAGAUGCAGUGUCGUCAGGUCGUCCCUCCGUUCAGAUCAACGAUUCCAGUACGCCAACAAUGCAAGACCACGCGGCACCAAUGGGGUCGCGGAGUCCGUCGGUGUCUGGCUCUGGUUCUCAAUAUGAUGCUCUGGAUGGAUUGAGGUCUCUCUCCCGUUCGUCAAAUCUGCGCAAGAUUGCGGCUGCGAUGGCGAGUGUAGCCGCCGAGGUGGACGGGCCGGUAGGUGCGAAGGUUGACGAGCAGGGGCUACCCGCGAGGGCACUGUCAACUAAACUCGUGUCGGCAUCGACGUCCAGCGAACUUUCGAACUUGUUUACCGAUAUGGACCUGCUAGAUCCUCCGAGUCACUAAGAUAAUUGUGCCGCGCUUAUUAAUACCCUAUUUCAUGCCAUUACGUGCACGACACAUGAUCAGAUGAAGAUGAAUCUCAACAUAUCAGUCAUGUGACAGACUGUCACUUGUUAUUGCUUUCACUUUUCGCUUCGACCUGAGACGAUUUGGUCGAGAGGUACAUGUCCAACUUUCGACUUCAUCAACUCAGGACACUGUUCAGCUGCUCGGAAAGAGCCUAAAAU